AUGGAGCCCACAAAUUUACAGAAAGCUAUAGCUACAGCUAACAAGGCAUCACAAGAGGACCAGGCUGGAAAUUUUGAAGAGGCCAUUAAAUCUUACCAACACGCUGUAAAGUACUUUCUUCACAUACUGAAACGUGAACCUCAGGGGAAAGAGGGUAACCAGAAGAUAAGAGAUAAAUGCAAGCAGUACCUGGACCGAGUGGAGGAGCUACAAGACUAUCUAGACAAAAAAGAGGUCACUAGAAAUGAUGCCAUCACUAAAGCUAUAGAUCUUGCCGGUAAAGCAGCGCAAGAGGACAAAGCACAGAACUAUGAGGAGGCACUGCGUCUGUAUCAGCACGCCGUUCAGUACUUCCUGCAUGUGGUCAAAUAUGAAGCACAGGGGGAUAAGGCUAAACAAAGUAUCAGAGCCAAAUGUGCUGAGUAUCUGGACAGGGCAGAGAAAUUGAAGGAGUACCUUAAAAAGAAAGAGAAAGCUCCUGCCAAGCCUGUGAAGGAAUCUGGCUCUGAGGACAAAGGGAACGACAGCGAUGAAGGGGAAGAUCCAGAGAAAAAGAAGUUUCAAAAUCAACUCCAAGGAGCAAUCGUCAUGGAAAAGCCAAACAUUAAGUGGAAUGAUGUGGCAGGGCUAGAGGGAGCCAAAGAGGCACUGAAGGAGGCCGUCAUCCUGCCAAUCAAAUUCCCACACCUCUUCACAGGUAAAAGAACUCCAUGGAGGGGCAUCCUGCUCUUUGGCCCUCCUGGUACAGGAAAGUCCUACCUGGCCAAAGCUGUGGCCACAGAGGCCAACAACUCCACCUUCUUCUCCAUCUCAUCCUCAGACCUGGUGUCCAAGUGGUUGGGAGAGAGUGAAAAGCUUGUGAAGAAUCUGUUCAGCCUGGCCCGGGAGCACAAACCCUCCAUCAUCUUCAUCGAUGAAAUUGACUCACUGUGUGGCUCUAGGAGCGAAAACGAGAGCGAGGCUGCGCGCAGGAUCAAGACCGAGUUCCUGGUUCAGAUGCAAGGUGUUGGUAAUGACAAUGAUGGCAUCUUGGUUUUGGGUGCCACUAAUAUUCCAUGGACUUUGGACUCUGCCAUCAGAAGACGCUUUGAGAAACGAAUCUACAUUCCCCUGCCAGAGGAGCAUGCCCGUGCCUUCAUGUUUAAGCUCCACCUGGGCACCACCCCCAACAGUCUCACAGACUCCGACUUUACCACUCUAGGCAAAAAGACAGAGGGCUACUCAGGGGCUGACAUCAGCAUCAUCGUCAGGGACGCACUCAUGCAACCUGUCAGGAAGGUCCAAUCAGCCACGCACUUCAAACGGGUACGAGGGCCAUCAAGAGAUGACCCCAACGUCCUUGUAGAUGAUCUCCUGACCCCAUGUUCUCCUGGAGACCCCAAUGCCAUUGAAAUGACUUGGAUGGAAGUAUCUGGGGAGAAGCUUCUGGAACCUGUUGUUAGCAUGGCCGACAUGCUGAGGUCUCUCUCCAGCACAAAGCCAACUGUCAACGAGCAGGACCUUGAGAAACUGAAAAAAUUCACCGAAGACUUCGGCCAGGAGGGCUGAAGGGGGCGCUCUCAUGUCAACCAAAGCAAACAGAUCAUGAUUGUAAACACUUUUCUCUCUCUCUCUCUCUCUCUCUCUCUCUCUCUCUCUCUCUCUCUCUCUCUCUAAAUUUUUACAUCCCUAAUUUUUCCCUCUCAUUUUCCUCACUGUGUACUAUUUCUACUUUUGGACUCUUAUUUUGACAGCAGCCAGUUUUGGCAGGCUGGUGUAGGUGAGCUACAUGAGCCUCUGUUUAAAAUGCGUUUUAAUCCUCUAUAUUCUAGCCUUACUCAACACUCAGUUUAAUCUGUCAGUCACUCCCUGCCUACAAGACUGUCAUCAGUUUUCCAAAGAUAUACACACUUUUUUCUUGUCUUUUUUUUUGUCCCUGAAAAAUCCCAGUUAUUUCCGUUAAUUAAUUCAAUCAGUUUGCAUAUUAUUAUCGUCAUCAUCUUCGUCAUCAUCAACAGCAUUGUCAUCAGUAUAGCUCCCUAUGAUUUAAAAAGAAAAAAAGUCACUGAUUUGUGGAAGAAUAUCCAAUCAGAGGGAAGUGUUGCUCAAAUGACCCGUGAGUCAUUGGUCAGCCUCUGAUUGACUAUGAAGUGCUUCAGUUGCUGAUGCCAGUCUUGUUGGCAGGGUAAUGGGUACCUGAAUGGACAUAAAAACCCAGAACCCAGGUGAACUGUAACCUGGAGGAGAACUUGCACCUCUUUGUAAACCCUAACUGAAAACGGUCUUUAUAGAUAGUUUAUGGAAAUGCAUAUUGUGCACAAUAUGAAGUGAUGUAACCUUUAUUCUUUUUCAAAGAGCUCUUUAUGGGUGGAGGAUCAGAUUGUAGUCACAAGGGUUAUGAGGGCUGAUGUUCUGGACACAAGUUGCUUUGGGCCAGUUCCUUUUUUUUAAAAUAAGUAUGCAUAGAUAUAUAUUUAACACUUUUCCAUUCAAGAAAGGCAGUUCGAAUCAGUACCUUAGCACCUUGAUUUUGACGCAUAGGGAUCAACAAAAAGACAUGCCCCUGCGAGUCAGGGACCACUUUGACCAAUAACUAAAUGAGCUCAUAUGCUCAUUUCCUUCACAGUGUCUCCAAUAUUAUUCCUUCACUCAUUCGUGGGUUUAUCUCACAGCGCUUCUGUACAUAAAUCUUGCACCAAACAAUAAUGCCUUACCACAUUUACACAACAGGGCUGAGCAGGAGAGAGAAGAGGAGGCCGUGCAAAAAAGAAAAAAAAAAAGUCUUUUUGCUGGCCCUUGGUUGGCGAUGUGACAAAAAUGUCAUAGAACAUACGACAUGUGUCUGCGCCCGUUUUCUGAACAGGCUUUUAACGACCUUGCUGUCAAACCUCGUUUCGGGGUAGCAAACCACGUGCCUUCUAUAUAUUUUUUUUUUCUUUUUUUUCGGUUUACUCUUUGUGCUUACUAAACAGAAGGUGAUACAGAAAGGAACAGGUCUAUGGUGUGCAUUUUUUAAAUAGUCAGAGCAUAUAAGAAACUAUGGGUAAUGUUUUACACAUUUCAUUUGUGAAUGUUACUCUCUAGGCUUAUAUACAACUGUAUUCCUAUGCAUCUAGGGUGUUGGCUUUCUUACAAAAUGUUAUCCAGAGUAGAAAGUAUAUUGCAUGGUCUUUUUUAAUAAAUAAAAGUAAUUGUAUAGAUAUCUUUAGGUUUAUAUGAAGAUGUUUCCUGUUAAAUGUUUCCUCUGCCUCAGCACUCAUCAGGACAUGUUUGGUUAUCUUUAUUUCUUCUAUCAAAUACAUGUAAAUAAAAGUACACCUGAAAAAGG